GGUGAUGCUGGCCCCGGUGGCACCGGGAACGGGUCACCGGGCAGGGCACGGCUGGCGGGGACGCUCCCGGGUUCAGCACCGGCGGCCGGACAGCGGCACCGGGGCAGAGCACCCCGGUGGGUUGGGGACAAACCCCUCUGUCUGUCCCUGUCACCCCCCCCAACACUCCUGUCCCCCACUGUCCCCACCGCGCUGUCCCCAUCACUCCCAUCCCUGUCACCCCCGUCCUCACCCCCCCUUGUUCCCACCACCCAUCCCCAUUCCCUCUCCUCAUCCUCCUCACGCCCUGCCCGAGGUGACCUCGGUCCCUCCCGCGGUGGCUGGGCCCCGGCUGUGCUGCUGCAGGGCUAUUUUUGGGCCAUUCCCCCUGUCCCGUGCCUCUCCCAGCCCGGCUUGUGGGGACAGCAAGGAGCUGGCACAGCCGAGGGACGUGGCUCUGGUGUCACUUGUCAUCCACCCCUGCACAGACACGUGGGCACAGUGACACUCCGAUAAGGACUGGCCGUCCUGGGGACGGGGACUGGCUGUCCUGCGGCCAGUCCAGCCCUUGCUGUCCGAGGCUGCUGGCUGCCAGCCAGCACAGGGGGCUCUUCCCUCUCUCCCACAUUCCCUGAUGUCCCUCUGUCCCCACAUCCCUGUGCCCUGAUGUCCCCACGGUCGUGCUUGCAGCCCCCCAGGACUCCCAUCCGGUGGGUUUUGGGGUCCCUGCCGGUGCUGUCGUGGCGGGGGGGGCCCUGUUGCUGCGUCCCUCGUGGCUCCCUGCCGGCUGCUGGAUAUUUUUGUGGCCAUCAGGAACAGCAGGUAUCCACAUCCUGCUACAUCAGCCUGGGCAGGUGCCAGCUCCCAUGGCCAGGCUGGUGGGUCCCCCACAGUGUCACUGCCACCAGCUGGACCUCACCCUGCUGCUCCCUGCUCCACUCGGCAGUGGCUCCAGGAGGAGACAGCACCAGGGAGGGGCUGGGGCACCACGUGCGGUGGGUUUGGCUCUCACAGGUCGCUCAGUGGCACCAUGGCAUGUCCACACCACGUGUCUGGGAUGCUCCAUGCUCAGCUGUGUCCCUUGGUGGCACCAUGGCACAGCCACACUGCAAGUUCUGGAUGCUCCGGGCUCAGCCAUGUCCCUCUGUCCCUUGUUGGCACCGUGGCACAGCCGCACCGUGUGUCUGGGAUGCUCCGUGCUCAGCCGUGUCCCUCAGUGGCACCGUGGCACGUCCGCUCCGUGCGUCUGGGUCCCUGGGGGCUCCGCGGGGCAUUUUUCUGCGUGUCCAGGCAGAGCACCCCUGCCCUUUCAGGAGCAGCUGCCGCCUCGGGGACAGCAGGGUGGCCGGUGGCACCGGGCCAGCGAGGGGCCACGUGCCCGGGCCGCCAGGCACACCGGGGGGGGGACCCGCUCCCUGCGCCGGCUGCCGGAGCCAGACAGUUGUUUAAUUUCCCAGGCGCAGGGCGGGAGGGGGAUGGAAAGUUUCCCGGGGCUGCCGGGGCCGGGACAGCCGCACGCUUCCUGCUCCGCACCGGGGGCAGCGGGGCCUCGCCGCCCGCCCGGGGGUCCCUGAGCCGGGCCAUGCUGCCCACCACGCACUGCUCGCCGGGGGCUUCUCCGGCCGCGUCCCCCCGCAGUUCCCCCCGCAAUUCCCCCGUCCUCUUCAGGAAGCUCCUGAUGAACCAGAGCAUCCGCCUGCAGCGGCGCUUCACCGUGGCGCAUCCCCUCUGCUUCGACCUGGAGAAUGGACCCCCCGGCCGGGGCGCGCUGGACCCCCAGGCCAGCCCGGGCGCGGGGCUGGUCCUGCAGGGCACCUUCUCCCACGGCCAGCGCCGCGAGUCCUUCCUGUACCGCUCCGACAGCGACUAUGACCUGUCCCCAAAAGCCAUGUCCCGCAACUCCUCCAUCGCCAGCGACUUGCAUGGAGAAGACAUGAUCGUCACACCCUUUGCCCAGGUCCUGGCCAGCCUCCGCACCGUCCGCAGCAACCUGACGCACCUCCAGGACCGCGCUGGCAUCAAGCGAGGAUCGAGCAGCAGCCUGCCCUCGGGGAGCAAGGCCAGCCUCUCCGCAGAAGAUGCUCACCAGAAGCUCUCGCGGGAGACCCUGGAGGAGCUGGAUUGGUGCUUGGACCAGCUGGAGACGCUGCAGACCAGACACUCGGUCAGCGAGAUGGCCUCCAACAAGUUCAAGCGGAUGCUGAACCGGGAGCUGACGCACCUCUCGGAGACCAGCCGCUCUGGGAACCAGGUCUCCGAGUACAUCUCCAGCACCUUCCUGGACAAGCAGCACGAGGUGGAGAUCCCCUCGGCGCUGGCCAAGGACAAGGAGAAGGAGCGGAGGAAGCGCCCCAUGUCCCAGAUCAGCGGUGUCAGGAAGCUCACGCACAGCUCCAGCCUGGCCGCCGCCGGCAUCCCCCGCUUUGGGGUGCGCACGGACCACGAGGCGCUGCUGGCCAAGGAGCUGGAGGACACCAACAAGUGGGGGCUCAACGUGUUCAAAGUGGCCGAGUACUCGGGGAACCGCCCGCUGACCGUCAUCAUGUACAGCAUCUUCCAGGAGCGUGACCUGAUGAAGACCUUCCGCAUCCCCGUCAACACCUUCAUCACCUACAUGCUGACGCUGGAGGACCACUACCACGCUGACGUGGCCUACCACAACAACCUGCACGCCGCCGACGUGGCGCAGUCCACGCACGUCCUCCUCUCCACACCCGCGCUGGAGGCUGUCUUCACGGACCUGGAGAUCAUGGCUGCCAUCUUCGCCAGCGCCAUCCAUGAUGUUGACCACCCUGGGGUCUCCAACCAGUUCCUCAUCAACACCAACUCAGAGCUUGCCCUGAUGUACAACGAUGCCUCGGUGCUGGAGAAUCACCACCUGGCCGUGGGCUUCAAGCUCCUCCAGGAGGAGAACUGUGACAUCUUCCAGAACCUGAGCAGGAAGCAGAGGCAGACACUCCGUAAAAUGGUCAUCGACAUGGUGUUGGCCACGGACAUGUCCAAGCACAUGAACCUGCUGGCGGAUCUGAAGACCAUGGUGGAGACCAAGAAGGUGACCAGCCUGGGGGUGCUGCUGCUGGACAACUACUCCGACCGGAUCCAGGUGCUGCAGAACAUGGUGCACUGCGCCGACCUCAGCAACCCCACGAAGCCGCUGGAGCUGUACCGGCAGUGGACCGACCGCAUCAUGGUGGAGUUCUUCCACCAAGGAGACCGGGAGCGGGAGAAGGGCAUGGAGAUCAGCCCCAUGUGCGACAAGCACACGGCCUCUGUGGAGAAGUCCCAGGUGGGAUUCAUUGACUUCAUCGCCCACCCGCUGUGGGAGACGUGGGCCGACCUCGUGCACCCCGACGCCCAGGAGCUGCUGGACACGCUGGAGGACAACCGGGAGUGGUACCAGAGCAUGAUCCCGCGCAGCCCCUCCCCUCCGCCCGAGGGAGCCGCAGUGUCCCCCGCCACCACCGACAAGUUCCAGUUCGAGCUAACGCUGGAGGAGGAGGAGGAGGAGGGCGAGUCGGACACGGAGCUGGAGGGCACCGAGAGCCCCCUGGACGAGGACAACAGCGGCUCCAAGACACCGGGCACGGAUGACUCGGAGUCGGCCGACACCAAGCGCCUGUCCCCCGGCGCCGGGGACCGGGACUCGCCUGUGCCCCGCCCCAGGGACGUGGACAACCGGCGGGCGCUGGAGGGGACGCUGCCGAAGGACGAUGGCAGCGGGUGCUCCGGGCCUGAGGGUAGCCAGGGGCUGUGCCUGGACACGGAGGGCAAUGUCACAUUCCUGUCCCUGGGCACGUAGCUGCAUCGGCCCGUGGGUCCCCUCGCUGCCAGGGGACGUGGGACUGGGCACUGCCCCGAGCGGUGCUGGGGACAGCGGGGAGCACUGGCACUAGAGGGACACGGAGGCACCCAGGUUGUGUCCCCGUUCGGGAGCUGGGCAGGUCCUGACAGGCACGAGGACCAUGCCGGCCUUCUCCCUGCUCCCACCAGCUGCUGGGAAAGGUCCCUGUCCCCUUCAGACAGGGUGUGGGGACACCGUGCUCCAGCCCCAGCCCAGCCCUGGGGACAUCACGCCCUGCAAGGCUCCAGGAAGGAGCAUUCCAGCACCUUUCCAGGUGUGCCCCUGCAGGACAGCAGCCCCAUGGUGGGAUGAGGUGGGCGAAGGGUGCUGGUGGCACCCCCAGGCACCGGCACACAACACGGGCACGACUCAGUGGUUUAUUUAUUUGGGGACAGGUUCACUUUUUAAAACCUUUUGUAGCUCACUUUUUACUACAAGCCUCCUCGAGGCUCGCACACAGUUUUGGGGCAGAAAGGCGCAUUUUUGGGGAAGAAAGUUGCAUUUCUGCUCUGCGAUCACUCAAAAUGCCAUUUGUAUUGCACAUUUCGGACCCCACCCCCCCCCCCAGCCCCCCCCGCCCCAUGUCUCCGGUGUCCUGCCUGGGGCAGGGUCCUUCGGGAUUCUUCCUUCACCUUCCAGAGAUUAAACCCGGUUUGUUCCACCCUAAA